CUUUCAAAUUAGUCGUGGUGUGAGUGGAGAGCGUUUCUGAAUACAGGCCUCAGCUGCGACUGCGAACAAGCGGGUGGCGAGGAGAGCAGCUCAGAGCCAGCCCAGGGAGACCCAGCCAGUUGCGCCUUGACUGUUGGAGAGGAGUGAUCACGCCGCCCUGUCUCUCCUCUCCCACUUCCCGUCUCGCACGCUCGCUCUGCUGCCCCGCCCGCCAUUCCCACCUGGUUAACUGAACAACCCUGCAAGUCUUGAAGUGUCCGAUGGUAGGAAUCUUAAGAAACAUGUCUGAUACAUGAACGCCUUCUACUUUAACAUAGACACCGAGUGAUACUGAAAAAAAAAAAGGAAAUAUAUAUACUAAGUGUUAAACAGUUUCUUUUGAGUCCAGUACCGUUUCUCGUGCUUAUACUCCCGCACGCAUGCACGCACAUACCUGGGCUCCUUGUGACCUGAACUGCCUGGGGGAUUUAAGGUAGGGGCGGACUCUCCCCACCAUCCCCCCCGCCCCCUCUCUCCUCCUUGGCACCUGGAAAAGUUAUGCAAAUGUGACGAAGCGAACAAACGAAACUCAAGAGUGGUUGCCUACACGCCGCCAGAGGGACAACAAGAACGCCAAUACAAGCACGGGACGCCAAUACAAGCACGGGACGCCAAUACAAGAACGGGAGACGGGCACAACAGACAUCAAUAAAAGAAAAUUACAUUGAAAAUACUGAAAAACAGGUAAUCCUAAAACAAACACAGUGAGACAUGAAGUUGUCCUGGAAACAGAUGCAACAUAGAGACUGAGUUGUCAACAAAAACAUAACAAGUACAGCAGCCGCGCCUGCCACUCCGACGACAACAAAUAAAUGGAUAAAUUCAUACUCCAGUUGAUGAAAUGAUGGACGUUCACUGAAAACUGGAAAUGCGCCACAUUGAUUUAAAGGUGAACAGCUGGAAAAUGUAUGGAAAAAAAUAGUGACGAUUAAACACCAAAAAAAAUAAUAAAGAAAAUAACGGUGGAAAAAUAGUAAAGUGAGGAAAAGAACACUAAAAAAAUACAAUCAAAUUAUGUGCGCCACGAACAAACAAGGAACGAAAAUGGAAAACAAAAUUCGAAAAAAACAAUAGACACCCAAUAAAAAAAAAAGCAUCAGAAAACGAGACACUGAAAAGAAACAUCAACAAGAGAACAAACAACAACAACAGCGCAGCGUCAACACAGCGGCGCCUUGUGACGACACGCACACAAACAAACACACAAACACCGCCGCCAUGAGGGUGCCACGCGCCGCCUCUAGGGGUGCCAACCUGUGCCUGCUGCUGCUGCUCCUCCUGCACCUGAGUGGCACCCUGGCACGCUCUUACUGGGGCCACAACAGAGGAGCAGGAGGGCAGAGGAGGGGCGGAGGGCAUCAAGGACGGAGGAACAUGGGUCGACAUCGCCGUAAGGACCAGCUGAUCCACCCUACCUCCGCCGAGAUUCCAUAUUUUGAUCCCACCUCGCCCACCCACAUCAAGGCACAGCUGGGUUCCAAUGCCUACCUCCCUUGCAAAAUUAAGAACCUUGGCAAUAAGUCGGUGUCCUGGGUGAGGAACAAGGAUGCCCACAUCCUCUCAGUGGACAGGUAUACCUUCAUAGCAGACGCCCGUUUCGCCACCUGGCACGAGGCGGUCACGAACACUUGGACGCUGCAGGUGAAGUACGUGAAGGCGUCUGAUGCGGGGAGGUACGAGUGUCAGGUGUCCACGGAGCCAAAGAUGAGCCACUUCGUGCAUCUCAACGUGAUUACGCCCCUGGUCACCAUCCCGGGGGGCUCUGAGCUGCAUGUUAGAAGCGGAAGCACAGUCACCAUCAAGUGUGUGGUGAGCCAGGCGCUUCACCCUCCCAGUUACGUCUUCUGGUACCACGGGGAGCAACGCAUACCUGAAGGGAAGUGGAAGGGCGUGACACAGCAGCCGUUGACCAGAAGGGCGUCAGGGGGAAGUGAAGCCGCCCUUACCAUCACCUCAGUGAACCACGCCCACGCUGGCAACUACACCUGUGCUCCAGCCGCCCUCACGCCCGUCUCUGUCAUCCUGCACGUGUUGAACGGUGAGCGCCCCGCCGCUAUGCAACACGGAACUAGCACUUCUUCUCUCCCCUCUGCCCCCUCUCUCCCUCUCCUCCUCCUGUUUACUCUCUUGCUCCUUCACCUCGCUCCCACUGACGUCAUGUCCUCCCCUUCCUCCUCCUUUCUUUCUUCCUCCUUCUCCUCUUUUUUCCAUUUAGAGUCCAGUGUUGUAAAUACGCGGUGAUGGCAACACUGAUUCUUGUCCCAUGUGUAUGUAAAGCUUUGUCAAUUUUGUAUUAAUUAAUUAGAACAACGAUAUAUGUAUUAUACACUAAUAUACAUUAUACACUUUCUUCUUCUUCUUCUCCUCCUCCUCCUCCUCCUCUUUCUUACCUUCUAUUUUACGGCAUUUCCUUCCUCCUUGUCAUCUUGUCUUCCUUCUCUUUCUCCUUCAUUUUCUCUCUCUUCUUCCUACUUCAUCUCCCGAGUUUAUCCCACCUUACUCGUUAAUCUUGCAUUUUUCCUUCUCUUGUUUUGUCCUUCUCCUCUUCCUAUUUUUUUUUUUCAUCUUUUUCUACUCCUCUUCUUCCUCCUCCUCCUCCUCUUCUUGUUUCUCGUCUUUCUCCUUUUAUUUUCUUGUACAUCUUUACACUGAAGUCCUCUCUUGGAUGGAUUAGCGUUACUUACACACACACACACACACACACAUAGACAGUACUUACACGAACCCAAUAUUUUUCGUGCAGUUGUAACUAAAUGUAUAUAUUAAUGUUUAAGUAUGUCAUGUAAUUCCAAUUAUAUUUGUUACGUAUAAUGAGAGAGAGAGAGAGAGAGAGAGAGAGAGAGAGAGAGAGAGAGAGAGAGAGAGAGAGAGAGAGAGAGAGAGAGAGAGAGAGAGAGAGAGAGAGAGAGAGAGAGAGAGAGAGAGAGAGUGUGUGUGUGUGUGUGUGUGUGUGUGUGUGUGUGUGUGUGUGUGUGUGUGUGUGUGUGUGUGUGUGUGUGUGUGUGUGUGUGUGUAAUCCUGUUGAUCCCCCCAAACUUGUAAUCAACUACAGACAUAAGGAGUUUUCGGCCUUGCAUCAAUCAAGCAAUCAAUCAAUUAAAUAAAAAAAAAAGGACAGAAAAUCACCUUCAUUCAAUUCACAUCCUCAGAGAAAAAAAAAAUACCACCACCACCACCACCACCAUUAAUAAUAAUAAUAAUAAUAAUAAUAAUAAUAACAACAAUAAUAGUAAUAAUAAGUCGUAAUCCGAGCCGAAAUGAACAAGGCCGAACUCUCCUAACAAGCGCCAUUACCAUUACUGUCUCGUAUAGGGUAACAGUGAUAUCUUUUAUGCCACUCAAUCCAGUAUCCGUUUUCUAUUGCGUGCUGUCCGGGAGUCGAAAACGCGAAGCGGGGAACGCCUCUGUAUGUAAACGAUGUUGAUGAUCAUAAUACCUAUACUGCUGAUGAUGACCAUGAUGCAUUUGUGUACAUAUUAUAUUAUAGGCAAUGACGUGCAGUACCGUUAAAAAUAAAUGGGAUUUUUUGUGUAAUGAAA